CACCCGCGCACCGCUCAUGUGGAUGCUUGUGCUCCUGAAGCCGCACUUUCCUUAGCAGCAUAGCCGAUGUGGAAAGUCCACUCCCCUCGUCCGUCACUGGUUUGUGUGUAAGGCAGGAGCACGAUGUCGACGCGAGAAUCCCGAGCCCAUCUGGCAGCCAUUUAAACUCACUGGAUUCCCUUCCCUCUCCCUUCAAUCUGGAUUAGCCACACUGCUUCUUUUUGCACAACAUCAUCUUUGCUCUGCAACGACAUCGCUACUACAUUGCUCUGGCAUUCUUCACACAUCAUCGCUUCAUUAUCUACUUACGCUUUCUUGGUGAUAACAUUCCACCCUUGGAGCAUCGCCGCAUCAACGACAUCAGCUUCUUCGAGAGAUUUCCAGUCUCACUCGACCACCGUCACGAUGCGUUACACAAGUCUCGUUCUCACUUCCCUCCUCGCCGCGUCCCAUGUCUGCCACGGCAAUCCCAUUCCCACGCCCGAUAAUCCUCCUUACUCCGAGGCCGAGUCCAUCUCGACAACCUCUGCCGAUACUACAACCCUCAUCGAGGAAACCACUUAUCCAGGCCUAUACCCUACCGACACAGAGGAUUUCCCUUCGAUGUUUGCAGAGACCACCACUGCGACUAAAGCUGUCGAGUCUGUGACUGUUUCUGUCACUGCUUCUGAGGCCCAAUCUGCAGAGGUCCCUGCCACCACCGAGGAGCACAAGCCCAUCGAGACACCUGCCACCACCACAUCUGAGGAGGACGCAGCUCCAUCCGACCAUGAAGCUCCCUCGGACGAUGCAGAUUCUUCUGACGAUGAGGCUUCCUCGGGCGAUGAAGCCCCCUCCAACCAAGACGCUUCCUCAGAUCACGCGGCUUCACCUGAACAUGACGCUUCCUCGGGCGAUGAAGCUUCCUCAGACUAUCAAGCUCCCCCAGACAAUGAUGCUUCAUCAGACCAUGAUGCUCCGUCGGACGAUGCAGAUUCUUCUGACGAUGAGGCUUCCUCGGACGAUGAAGCCGCCUCCGAUCAUGACGCUUCCUCGGAUAAUGAAGAUGAGGCUCCCCCUACCGACUCAUCGCCCAAGCCCCAGGAUCAGGACCGUGCCUGCGGCAGAUUCGAUCCCUGGACUAUCCAUUCCCUCUCGCGGUACUGCGAUGACGCCGACACGGUCUGCGACUGGUCCUUCACCAUCGACACCAAUUGCCCCUCGCUCGCUCCAACUCCUUGCUCUUUCUCCAUCAAGUCCCUAGGCCCCGGUGUGCCUGCCUCGCGCUCUCCAAAGCCUGAGAAGGGCGAGGAUGAGUUGUGCGGGCCGUAUGAGGUGCAUUCGAGCUGGAGCGGCCAGUUUGGUCCCGGAGAGGGGUUCACGACGUUGAGUGUCAUUGACGAUGGGAAUAAUUUGGUGGCAUAUCCGGCUUAUAGGGAUGAUUUGUUUGGGAAGGAGAAGGCGACGGUUCCGGAUGUGGACGUUGCGGUCUAUGCUUUGGGUUGAAGGAUGUCAUGAGUAGAAGGGGGUGUUCAAUUGAGAAGAGGUAUCGAUACUGUACGGUUGAUUGUUGGGGUUUGUUGGGUAUUGACUAUGGGAUUGACAGAGCCAUUGUUAUGGAGUACAUCGUAGUCAGGAGAG